CUCCCCCCCCACUCCUUAUCUACAAAGAAAGGUAGAUAAACAGGAGACUUCUGUUAAGAGAAAAAAAGAUCUGCCAACAUCUAAUUGCAGAAGAGAAGCAAAUAUGAGCCAUGCACACAAAUCCAGCGGGAAAAGCGGGACCUCUGGGUGACAGCCACGACACCCUGACCUUGAAGAUGGUGAGUAGCCAGCCAAAAUACGAUCUAAUACGGGAGGUUGGUCGUGGCAGCUAUGGUGUGGUAUACGAAGCAGUUGUGAGGAAAACGUCAGCACGUGUUGCAGUAAAAAAGAUUCGGUGCCACGCUCCAGAGAAUGUAGAGCUAGCCCUGCGUGAGUUUUGGGCACUUAGCAGCAUCAAGAGCCAACACCCCAAUGUUAUUCAUCUGGAGGAAUGCAUCUUGCAAAAGGAUGGUAUGGUGCAGAAGAUGUCACAUGGUUCCAGUUCCUCACUUUAUUUACAGCUUGUAGAGACUUCCUUAAAAGGUGAAAUUGCCUUUGAUCCCAGAAGCGCCUACUACCUUUGGUUUGUGAUGGAUUUCUGUGAUGGAGGCGAUAUGAAUGAAUACCUUCUUUCCAGAAAGCCCAGCCGUAAGACCAACACCAGCUUCAUGCUUCAGCUCAGCAGUGCCCUGGCUUUCUUGCACAAAAACCAGAUCAUCCACCGUGAUCUCAAACCUGACAACAUCUUGAUUUCUCAAAGUAGGAUGGAUGCUAGCGACUUGGAACCCACUUUGAAAGUAGCUGAUUUUGGGCUAAGUAAGGUUUGCUCUGCUUCGGGGCAAAACCCAGAAGAGCCUGUCAACGUAAAUAAAUGUUUUCUUUCGACGGCUUGUGGCACAGACUUCUACAUGGCCCCUGAAGUUUGGGAAGGUCACUACACUGCCAAAGCAGACAUCUUUGCAUUGGGGAUUAUAAUCUGGGCAAUGUUGGAAAGGAUCACUUUCAUAGACACAGAAACAAAGAAAGAAUUGUUAGGGAGUUAUGUGAAACAAGGGACUGAAAUUGUGCCUGUCGGAGAGGCAUUGCUGGAAAAUCCGAAAAUGGAACUGCUCAUUCCUGUAAAGAAAAAGUCAAUGAAUGCUCGUAUGAAACAACUGAUAAAGGAAAUGCUUGCUGCUAAUCCACAAGACCGUCCAGAUGCUUUUGAAUUAGAACUCCGAUUAGUCAAAAUUGCCUUUAAAGACAGCAAUUGGGACACGUGACCUUUGGAGUAUUGUGACCUCUUGUCAGAGUUGUGUCUGUAAUGGUGCAACAUUUUGUGGAAGCAAAAACCAGACCAACCCCAAUUCAAGGUGUCAGGGUUCAAUGUGUUAUCCACUGCAUUUCUGUUCAUGUUUGUAAACAAAGCUACAGGUGGCCAUUUUUGUUUCAGUACUCAUAAAUGUAUAUCCCCAAUGUGGAUAUUCCUGAGCUACAGAUGUCUUGUUAUCCACCUGGCCAGGGAAAUUGACAAACUAGGAGAUUAUGGCUUUCUACAAAUACAUUAUGGAAUAUUUCAGACAUUCCGCUUUCCUAUUGCAAAAUUUGGAAUGCCCACAGAAGAGGAGAUUUGCAUGCUGGUAAUGCAGAUCAUUCAACUUUGUAGAGUAAAAAUGUGUAUAUAUUUAUGUCGGUGUGAAUGACUGUCUCCCACCCACCCCACCACAAACAUGGUGAAAAUAACCCUGUUAUUUAUAUUAUCUGGCAUAGAUCUGGGUAAUUGUGGCUCAUUUGUGAAUCCUACAACAUAUAGUAAUUUUCUUCACCCACCCAACAUAUUGUAAUUUUCUUCACCCCCUUUUUUUCCUUUAAGGAAAAACGAAAUUUGAAGGCAUUGAAUGUGAUGCAAAGUGAUCCUCUUAUUCAAGCAUUGAGCUACUGUGAGGAGAAUAUUUUAGUUCUGGCAGCUGGCAGACAUAGGUAAAUUAGCACAUUUCUGCAGUCAUCUGCCAGUGCCAUGGUUAGGUCACUAAGCAUUCAGUUUCAUUUUUCUAGGUUAAUAGUGUUGCUGUUGAUUUGACUGUUGUCUCUGGCCUUUGCAUUUGGUAUCCAGCAGUACCUGCAGGAUGUUGUUCUGACUAACUUUAUUUUUUAUUUUUAAUUAAAUCAUGGGAAACAAGAGAAAAACUCUUCCUGCUAGAUUCUGCAAAUGAUUGCGCAAAUAUGGAAAUGUUUUCAUAACUUUGUUGUCCAAGCAUAUAGGUUAGUUACUACCCACCCCAGUAAAACAGUGUUUCACUUAAGUACCCAGGUUCAAUUGAUUCUCUCCUGUUAGAAAACAUUGCCAGUUGGGAGGUUGCUUCUCUGCACAAAGUAAGAGUGCUCAUUCUUUUGCACUGAAUUUUGGAUUUUAGAGGCAGAACUCUUGGCACAAUCCUGCUAGCCCCUUAGGCAGAAAGCAGGGUGAAGCAGUUACUCCAAUGGCGGAUGUAUGGUCUUCCCCUGCCUCACCCUGCACCUUGGUGCCCCAUCAGCACUGUCCUCAGGACUCUUCAAGUCAAGCUUUCCUUCCCUGCGCCUUACCUGGAAGCAUUCAGCAACUACCUUUCCUCAAGCUGUGGGGGUGCAGGCUAUUCCCAUUUCAUCUUUCUCUUUCUGGGUGCAGUAAGCAGGGUUGCACCUUUUUGUUUUGGUUUUCUCCCUCUUUUUCUUUUCUUUAAACAGUGCUUGAUAGUCUGAGACAAAAUUUUGAUUCAUGAGUAACAGGAAUUUCCAUAGGGAACGGUGGCAGUGUGUAUUUAUUCAUCUUAGUCAUUGAAAAUAGCGUAUUGUUCGGGUUGAAAUAUUCUUGAUGCAGUCAGCUACAGCCUGGAGACCAGAAUGUGAAAUUGACUCCCCCCACCCCCAAUGAAAUGCGCUGGAGUUGGUUGUACUUUGUAAUUGUUGUUCAACAGUGUGUGUGUCUGAAGGGUAGAACAAGAAAAUGUGUGUUGCUUCUUAAGCUGGUUUGUCCGUAUUAAGCAAGAUGCCUUUCAAAGGAAGAUAUUUCCCUGACUGGAAACUUACCCCUUUGCUCAAAAUGGAAAGGAAAUUCUUAGCUCUUUGGAUCGAAAAUCUUGCCAAACAAAAUCAGGAAAUGUCACACUGGUGACCUGAUACAUUGUUGAGACAUACUCGGGACAGAAUUUUAGGUGGUAAGCUGUCUUCCCUUUAACAGAGAUUCCCAGAUGUUGACUCCAACUCCUGGAACCCCCAGUUGCAGUGGCUUUGUCUUGGGGAUUCUGGGAGUUGUAGUCAACAACUGCUGGGAAUCCCUGUUAAAGGGAAUACUGGUGGUAACAAUUGGUAUAUUCUGUCUGACUUUGAAGUUGUAUUGUGUCAACUGAUUUAAUUCAUUAAUUUAAUUUGUGUCUUUACCUGUAAAGGUAAGACACAAAAGUUUGAAUUCUGUGCACUUACAUUGUAAAUGUUCAGAGGUGAUAAACUCUUUACUCUUAAAAGUGCCACCUGUGCCUUUAGAGACAAGGUUAUAUUGCAAAUAGGCACUCCUAUAGAUCUUUUGUCUUGGUACCUGGCAUCCCAUCGUACAUCAGCUGAUGGCAUGUGUUAAAGCAAAAGAAUGAGCUGUAGGGACAUAGCAGUUCUUGAAGAGUGGGAAAAGCAGGAAUUCUUCCUCCAUGUAUAGCCUAGUUCCCAACCUUGUGCUCCCAGUUGUUGUUGGCCUACAACUCGCAUCACAAAGGCCAUUGUGGCUGGGGAUGAUGUGAGUUGUAGGCCAACUACAUCUAGGGGUCCAGGUUUGAGACCCCCUGGUGUACAAGGCUCUUGGCACUUGCAAGUUCUCAGCAAGUCCUGGUUUUGGGAUACAUUAAUGCAUGUGCUUUUUAAACGCAGUGCAGAAACUAGUGAUAGACGUAUACAUUUUCUCUAACUUGCUCUAGCACACAGAAAAAUCAUUACUGCCCAAAUUGCACUGGUUGCUACUUUUUAAAAUGUUGGGAAGGUCCCCAGGUCACCUCCCUUCAUGGUGCUUUGCCCCUUGGCAUUGAAUGCUAACUUAAUUGUUCCAUUCGUUAUUCACUGAAUUAUUAGCCCUGAGGUCUUUCUCUCUCCGUGUAUGUAACUUCUGUUGUUGUUGCUUGUGUUUGCUUUGGGUAAUUGUAAAAUAUCUUAAAUCAAAACUAUUGUAGCAGCUACAAAACAAUCCACCAGCGUGACACAAAAGUCAAGAUAUUCAUCAGCACUUCAGAAAGAAAACAUUUCCUUAUAAAUCAUAAACUCUCUAUUUUGUGAAGAAUUUAUAAAAAGGGAGGGGUGAUUGUGUAAUUUAUUGAGUUCAUGAAUUUUUAAAAAGAAAAGUAAAGUCUGAA